UGUACUCCACGUGGAUACACCGAAAUUAUGUCGCUCAUUGUUGCAAAGACAAGCCAGCAGGCAAGGCUAAAGCCUGAAAUACGGCUCGCUCAGGCAGUAUCGCAAUUCAAGUCAUGCCUGAGCAAUGACGAAAAGCUCGCAUUUGAUACUACAACCUCAGAUGCGCUGAACAACGCACCCGAUCCCACUGAUGUAUUGAAGUUCACCGCGCAACUCAGCUGGCGAAAAGACCGCCGUCGAGGCAGUCGAUGCUAUGGCCCGAGGUUCACAAAUUUUCUGACGGGCGUUCAGCAAUUUGCUGCUCUCGGCGACGUGGUGGUGGGUGGUUCUCAGAACAUUAUCGCAUGCAGUGUAUGGUCGCUUGUGCGAAUGUCUCUCCUGGCAACUGUCAAUGUGUCAUCCUAUGUUGACCGCAUAUCCUUAUUGUUCAUGGAAAUUGGUCGAACAAUUCCACGCAAUCAGACCAUCGCCCUGCUGUACCGACGUUCCAAGUCUUUACAAGCUUACCUUUGCGAGUACUUCAUCGUUGUUGUACGGCUGUGCCAUCAUAUAAUGAAGUUUGCGCAGGCUUCAUUACUACGAAAGAUGGCCAGCGCCUUGAUCGAAUCCGAUUUGGAGGACUUCCAGACAGAACUCAAUGAUUGGUCCAUGCAGAUCAAAGAUGAAUUGCUUCUGCAAUCGUCGAUAUCCACAGAAAACGAAGCUCAGGAGAACAUGAAACACAGGAGAUCGUGGCGUAAAUCAAACCAAGCCGAUUUGCGCGAACGGCAAAUGGCAUUACAUAUACGUAAUCUUGAUCACUGUUCCAAGUACGAUUUUCAGACGACAUGGAAACAGCUUCGCAAACUGGGUACCACGCAGCUUUUCAAAAAUUCACUGGCUUACAAUGAAUGGGCAACGGCUGGUAAAUCCAGUACACUCAUAUUUACGGGCAAGCUCGGUUGCGGAAAGUCCGUCAUGAUGGCUAAUAUUGUUGAGCACCUCAUAAUAGAUAUUAAACAAGAGACGGAUGUUGUGGCGUAUUUCUUCUGUCAAGAUGAUCUCCCAGAAGGAUUGAGGACCGAUACGAUCAUUGGGUCGCUGACAAGGCAAUUACUCCAUCCGUGGCCCGACGUUCCAGCUUUAUCCCAGAUGACCGCUCAAUCUCAAAUUGAGGCGCAGUCCCUACUGGAGAAGCUCUUGCCAGAACUACCAGACUCCACCAAACUGUACCUUGUCGUGGAUGGCCUGGAUAAUUGUACAGAUGCAGUGCAAGUGGAAGUAACAAGUUGGGUCCGACAGUUGCAGAAAAGUCGCUGCAUCCACCUGUGCAUGUCCAGUCGAAGUCAUCCACAAAUGAUGACAGUUCCUAUUCUUCAAGACUACCAUGAUGCGCGGGUCACGCCAAUGCCGAAGAAUGCUUUGGAUAUUAACACAUUCAUAGACGCUGAGUUAGAGUCUUGCCUGUCGGACGAGCAACUUCGCCUUCACGACCCUUCUCUUGUCGUUGAUAUCCGCGAAGCCUUGAUCAAAGGAUCGCAGGGUAUGUUUCUAUGGGUCGCUCUUCAAAUCAAAUCUCUCUGUGCAAUGCAGUCAGAUGGGGAGAUCAGAGAAGCUCUCCAACACCUGCCAGAGGGCCUGUCGGAGACGUAUGAGGACAUUCUGCGCAAACGGAACAAGAUCACGAAAGCAACGCUCGCAAAAUACCAGCGACGCAUCUUUGAGCUCAUUAUUGCAGCGCGACGGCCGUUGACUAUCUACGAAAUUGAGGAAGCUCUGAGCAUUGUCCCUGGCACUGCAACACCAGAUAUUGCUCAAUCUUUGAACAAUAUCUAUGCGACCUUGAGUUGUUGUGGCUGUUUAGUAGUUGUGGAUGAAGAAGAGUUGACGGUGCGUCUGGUUCAUCCUAGCCUGAGACAAUUUCUUGUGGAACAAUACGAAAGCCCAGUUGGAUCAUGCUUUACAGUCGCGCAUGCGCAUCGCACUAUGGCAGAGCAUAUCGUUACGUAUCUCAGCUACGCCGCCUUCAGAGGCGAGGUCACGACAAACCGCAUACCAGAAAUGAACAUAGCAACUGCACCAUCACGAAUAGUCGCAUCGACACUGACUUCGAAAACCGGAAGAGCGCUGGCACUGAGAUUUUUGAAGAGCGCAAAGCAACCUCAGACCGACGUCACCAAAACUCUAGCAAAUGCACUUGAAGCCCAUCGCCGCUCUUUGAAAAGAGAGUUCCAUCUCCACCAGUACGCAAAGAAGUAUUACAUGCAGCAUAUUGCACGCGUAUUUGAGCCAGGCCCACACAUCAGCAAGCUACUACCAGAGCUGCUCAAUAGUAGUAUUCUAUCCCAUGAUGACGGGAAUAGUCUAUUUUCAACUCUGGUAGCCCUCGAAAACGUCGAGAUGUGUAAAAUUGUAUACACCAGCUUCAAAAUCCGCCAUGAACUGCUCCGUGUGCUCAAAUCAGCCAUCAAGGAAGACAAUGUAGAAACGAUUCGAGCCCUUUUUAAAUCCCAGAUUAUCGAUUACGACUUCAAGUUCGACUGGGCUAAGCACGAUCACAAUGAAGGACCCCUGCUACUAGCGCAUGCUGCAUCUCUCGGAAGUUUAGAUAUAGUGGCUUUCAUUCUGAACGGAACGGCAAUAGGAGUACACCAGAAGCAGCUUCAUGACACCGUGAGUCUGGCAAUUGAGAUGGAUGACCCAUCAAUGCUUCAGUCUCUGAUAAAAGCUGGAGAGCUUGGGUACGCCUACCAGAUGCCGUGGAAGCUUGAAAAAGAGCCCAAAAUACUGCUAAAACAUGCAGUAGCUUGUAACAGUCGCCGUGUCACGGCGCUGAUCUUGGAGAACAACCCCAUGGGAAGUUACUCAGCCUUUUGUCAAGCUCUCAAAAGUGGAUUAGAGGGGAUGGCGAUGCUCAUUUGGACCGACGGAGAACAUAUCACCUCCGAAACUUUGCGUUAUUCCACGACAAACCCGCGAGAAACACCACUUUGGUUAGCCCUACAGUCUGGAUGCACAGGAGUUGUGACACGAUUGAUCUUUCGUAUGAACAUGAGUGAUCAGGAAUUGCUACAGUAUACUGAUCUUGCUAAAGAGCUCUGCGAUACUGAUGAGGACCGCAGCAAACUUGACCUCUUAGAGGGUCUACGGUACAAACAGCGGUUGUAACAUGAGUUCAGUGUAAACCAUCUUGUUUAACAAUGAAUGGUAGGUGGAAUAGUCAGUAAGAACAGAAAUGAGUCAAGGAAUCGUGGAUUGUAUGGUAAUAUUCAUUUCAUUACUCGCUUUUCUAGAGAUGACUCCUCAAAAGCAAGCGACAGUAUGAUCUAUAAG